GGAAAGGAGGAGGACAUGGAGAUGAAGAAGAUUAACCUGUAGUUGAAGAACAGAGCCCCGGAGGAGGUGACAGAGUUAGUCCUUGAUAAUUGCUUGUGUGUCAAUGGGGAGAUCGAAGGCCUCAAUGACACCUUUAAAGAACUGGAGUUUCUUAGUAUGGCCAACGUGGAAUUGAGUUCCUUGGCCCGGCUUCCCAGCUUGAAUAAACUUCGAAAGUUGGAACUCAGCGACAAUAUAAUAUCUGGAGGCUUGGAAGUCCUGGCAGAGAAAUGUCCAAAUCUUACCUACCUCAAUCUGAGCGGAAACAAAAUCAAAGAUCUCAGUACAGUAGAAGCUCUGCAAAAUUUUAAGAAUUUGAAAAGUCUCGACUUGUUUAACUGUGAGAUCACAAACCUGGAGGACUACCGAGAAAGCAUUUUCGAGCUGCUGCAGCAGAUCACCUACUUAGAUGGAUUCCACCAGGAGGGCAACGAGGCCCCCGACUCGGAAGAGGAGGACGAGGAGGAUGGAGAUGAAGAUGAGGAUGAUGAGGAGGAAGAUGAAGCUGGUCCACCUGAAGGAUAUGAAGAGGAGGAGGAAGAGGAGGAUGAAGAUGAGGAUGAAGCAGGUUCAGAAGCGGGAGAGGGAGAAGAGGAGGUGGGCCUCUCAUACUUAAUGAAAGAAGAAAUUCAGGAUGAAGAAGACGAUGAUGAUUAUGUUGGUGAAGGGGAAGAAGAGGAAGAAGAGGGUGUGCGGGGAGAGAAAAGGAAGCGAGAUGCUGAGGAUGAUGGAGAGGAAGACGAUGACUAGCCCCUCCAGGAUGAGGUUGCUCCUGGUGUGCAGUAGAGCAGCCAUGCCUUGUUUCUUCAUGUAUGAUAGCUGUCCCUAGAGGUGAUGUGCAGCUUUUAUAGGAA